AUGUCGCUUUUGGACAAGAAAAUAUUCGAUUUAAAAUUAGCCGCAAAACAGAUAACGAGAAAUGCGAAAAAAUUACAAAAAGACGAAGCCAAAGAAAGAAGACAGUGUUGGCUGCACGUGAUGCGCGGCCAACAAGACAUUGCUCGAAUACACGCUGAAAAUGCGGUGCGCAACCGCAACCAGAGUGUUGGUCUGUUGCAGCUAGGCGCCCGGCUCCAGAGUACGGUCAACCACAUUGAAGCGGCAAAACUACAGAACAAGAUAUCUUCGGCAAUAGAGUCUGUAGUGUUUUCAAUGGCAGUGGCAACACGAGCUAUGAACAUUCCUUCAAUAACGCACACCAUGGAUAAGUUCGAGAAGAUGACAGACUAUUUGGACACGCGCCAUUCUUACGCGGCAGAAGCCUUGUCCGGUAAUCAACCAAUAGGAUCUGAUCAAGUGGAUCAGCUCAUGGCCAAUAUCAUUGAAGAAGCAAGGCUGGACAUAAAAAACGCAAUGCCCAGUCCAGAACACACACAGGUUAUUCCUCCAUUGCCGUUGCCUCCAUCGGAUACCGAACUCAACGAGAAACUCGCCAAUUUGAGAAAUAACUACCAUUAA